AUGCCGCCCGCAACCAGCAGUGCUAUGGAGGCGCCGGUUGUGCCAACUGAGCUUGCUGCAGUGGAACCAGCUGUGGUCAACGAGCAUGCCGUGGCUUCGUCCAGUAGCGACGACCUCGAAUGCAAGCCGGACCCGCUCCCGCUCCGGCCACGGCCACAGCGCUCGUUGCAAACACGGACUGUCGUCCGCAGUGUGACUACUCGCGUGAAAGAAGAGCGUGCUUCAAGUCCUCGCCGCCUGCGGCCUCGAUGGCUCGCCAAUCGCCAUGGCCGCUGA